GCUAGGUCUGGCAGCAGGACCGUUUGUCAGGUCACGUGACCGCCGUGCUGAUGGUAGCGAUGCACCGCAUUCAGACCCCAGAGCAGAGAGGGAAAACCGUCCAAAACAAAAGACGUAAUCUAAUCUGCAUCGUUGUCUGAGACUUUGCUUUAGCCUGAGCCAUGGAAAACCCAGAGUCAAUGCAGACAUGCAACUCUUUGGAUGAACAUGACAGUCCCUACUGCAAGCAGUGCCCGAUGGCUGAUGAGCUACUCAAGGAAGACAAGAUACGAAGGGAACUUGAAUUCUUUUUCAUGAACCCCUGUGAGAAAUUCCGUGCCCGUGGACGAAAGCCUUGGAAGCUUUGUAUUCAAAUUUUAAAAAUUGCUGUGGUGACAGUCCAAUUAGUUUUAUUUGGACUCAGUAACGAAAUGGUAGUCACUUUUAAAGAGGAGAACACUGUGGCUUUUAAGCAUCUGUUUCUGAAAGGAUACAAGGACAUGCAUGAUGACACAUAUGCAAUCUACAGUCAAGAAGAUGUCCAUACUCAUAUAAACUUUACAAUUAAAAGGUACCUGGAGCUCCAAAAUAUAUCUGUUGGAAACCAUGCAUAUGAGAGUAAUGGUGACGGUCAAACUGGGAUGUCGUUAUGCCAACAUUUCUAUAAACAAGGAACUAUCUUUCCUGGAAAUGAAACAUUUGAAAUUGACCCACAAAUUGAGACUGAAUGUUUCUAUAUUGAUCCAUCAACUCUGUAUUCUAAUGACACACCUGCAGAAGCCUGGACUAAUAUGACACUAGACUUCUAUAGGCUUGUUUCAGUAGAAAUUAUGUUUAAGCUGAAAGCGAUCAAUCUUCAAACCAUUCGCCACCAUGAACUUCCAGACUGCUAUGACUUCAUAAUUACAAUAACAUUUGACAAUAAAGCACACAGUGGAAGGAUAAAAAUUACCUUAGAUAAUGAUGUUGGAAUCCAAGAAUGCAGAGACUGGCAUGUGUCUGGAUCUAUUCAAAAAAAUACCCAUUACAUGAUGAUUUUUGAUGCUGCUGUUAUUUUGGUCUGCUUAUCUUCUAUAACUCUGUGCAUUCGCUCUGUGGUUAAAGGGAUUUUACUUCAAAGGGAAUAUGUAAACUUUGUCCAGCAUCGUUUUACAAGGACUGUGUCCUCUGCUGACCGCAUGGAAUUUGUCAAUGGCUGGUACAUUAUGAUAAUCAUCAGUGAUGUUUUGACAGUUAUUGGCUCAAUCUUGAAGAUGGAGAUCCAAGCAAAGAGUCUCACCAGUUAUGAUGUCUGCAGUAUACUCUUGGGAACAUCCACCUUAUUAGUGUGGCUUGGAGUUAUUCGCUACUUGGGAUUUUUUAAGAAAUACAAUCUGCUGAUCCUGACACUUAGGGCAGCCUUACCUAAUGUAAUGCGAUUCUGCUGUUGUGCAGCUAUGAUCUACCUGGGCUACUGCUUUUGUGGCUGGAUCGUUUUAGGCCCUUACCAUGUAAAGUUUAGGUCCCUGAACAUGGUUUCGGAGUGCCUGUUCUCCCUUAUGAAUGGAGACGAUAUGUUUACCACAUUUUCAAACAUGCAGCAGAAGAGCUACUUGGUUUGGCUGUUUAGUCGCAUUUAUUUGUAUUCCUUUAUAAGUCUCUUCAUUUACAUGGUUCUAAGUCUCUUCAUUGCACUCAUAACUGAUACAUAUGAUACAAUCAAGAAUUACCAAAUCGGUGGCUUUCCAGAAUCUGAACUUCACACAUUUGUAUCUGAGUGCAAAGAUUUGCCAACCUCUGGUCGAUAUAGGGAAGAAAACAAGGCCUCCUGUUUCUCUAUGCCGUGUUGUCGCAAUCAGUAAAAAACAGAAUCACUUCAUCAAUGACAUUUGGAAAUCUGCAAGAAGAAACAACAUAUAAAAUCACAGCGCAUAGUAGUUCAAAUAGUGUCUAUUGCAGCCAUUCAGAAACUAUAACAAUUAACUGCAGAUAAUAAACUUUGGUAAAUACUUUUUCCAGAACCAAUAUUUGUAUCCAGCUUGUAUUUAAAACAGUGUUUGGUAUUGUGGACCAUAUGCACAGGGUGCAAGAGUGCAUCUUCUAUGUGCACCCUACUGUUUUAUGCAAAAUCACUGUGUGCAUGGGUUAGAUCUGCAUGCAUAACGUAUGCUGCAAACCUUAGCUUUCAGUUUGUGUAUGUACCCUAUGCACAUUGGUUAAUAAUUCUCAAAUAAACAAUGAUGAAAGAUGACUAAUAAUUCCUAAACAAACAAUGCUGUAGGAUGACUAUGUAGAAGGCACAUUAAGAGAAUAAAUAAUUGUCAUCUUACAGAAAAUGGAAAUGGGGGAAAAAAAUUCCUUUUAUAUAAAUGAGGUUCGUGAUUAUUUUUUAAACUGCACCAUAUCUAAGAUUGUAGAUAGAAAACGUUAGCACUGUACAGCUGUACUACAAUCUCUGUUCCUACAUUUAGUCAUAGGAUGCAAUCUGUUUGUAUAGUAGAAAAUGUGACGGCAGUGGUUCUAAUUUAAAUACUAAUUUAAAGACUAUAUACUGUAUUGAUAAAUAAGCCAAAACUGCCCCAAGGUGAAUAUGUAAAGUGAUUUUAUUGUCAUAUACGUUAAUCUCAUGUAAUAUUGCAUGCACAAAUAUGUGUGGAUUUCUCAUCAAGUCAUCCAGUUCACUUCAUUUAUAGCUUUUUUUUUUUAUUUUUUUUUAUUUUUUUUUUUUUACUUCUAUUUUCUUAUCUUCUUCACUUUACUGUUUGAACAAAACAGACUGCUGUGCUGUGAUAUAAGAAAAUUAGGGGGUUUCAGAUUAUUUUUUGCAUAUAGGUGAGACUUAAGGUGGGCCAUACAUGCUAAGAUCUGCUUGUUUGGCAAGGUCACCAAUCAAGUGGACCUCUAGACAAUUUAGCCACUCACAUGCUGAGCCCAGACAGCACCAAUGCAUUCCUCAUAAAUCAAAUAAGCCUAUCUGUGUGCCCCAUACAUUAAACUGGCGAGUCGCUCUGGAGGAUUUUUUAUCCGAGACAUUGCUGAAAAUAUGUAGAUGGGCCCAUUUGUAUCAGGGAAUAUAAAACCAUACUUUUUUUUUUCUAAGAAUUGUUUUUAAUCUAAAAUAGAUACUUUAUAUUUGAAUAAAUGUAAUUUUAGGUAAUUGACAUUCACAGGCCUAUGGAGCAGUGGUAUGGCAUACCCACAAUAAUACACACUACCCGGCCACAUAAGGUUUAUUAACAAACACACAUGUAAAUAUGUACAGAGAGGCAUCCCUAAAAGACUAAUAUAAAUACUUUUAAGUAGUAGUAUAUAGACCUUUCAGGAUCAUAAUUUAUUAUAUUUAUACAUAUGUAUUUUCAUUUAUAAACCUAUUUUCAUGUUAUAUAAUUUUCUUGAUGUGAAUUCCAGAUAUUUUACAGCAGUGAUCCCCAACCUGUGGCUCGGGAGCAACGUGUUACUCACCAACCCCUUGGAUGUUGCUCCCUGUGGCCUAAAAGCAGCUGCUUUUUUUCUUUUUAAUGUGUAGCUUGGUGGCAAGUUUAGGUUGCAUGAAGGCUGCCAGUCCACAUAGGGGCUACCAUAAAGCCAAUCAUAUCUCUUAUUUGGCACCACCAACUCUUAUUACAUUUUCAUGGGUAAAAAAAGUUUAGGAACUCCUGUUUUACAGAAAGAAUAAAAAACAAAACUGUUCUCAACUUUAAUGGGUAAGUUAAUUUUAAAUACAGGUAUGAGAUCCAUUAUCUGGAAACCCGUUACCCAGAAAGCUUCAAAUUACGGAAAGGCCAUCUCCCAUUUUAUCCAAAUAAUCCAAAUUUUUAAAAACGAUUUCCUUUUUCUCUGUAAUAAUAAAACAGUAGCUUGUACUUGAUCCAAACUAAGAUAUAAUUGAUCCUUAUUGGAAAAAAAUCAUCCUAUUGGGUUUAUUUAAUCUUGAAAUGGUUUUCUAGUAGAAUUAAGGCAUGAAGAUCCAAAUAACGGAAAGGUCCGUUAUCCGGAAAACCCCAGGUCCCGAACAUUCUGGAUAACAGGUCCCAUACGUCUGCCUAAACAGUUUAUUUUGAGUAUGGUUUAAGAGUUUUGAACUGCAGCUAUCAGGCAAUGCAACUGCUCUGUGGUUACUAGACCUAUACAACCUUCUAGCAUAUUCUACUGCAGAUUAGAAGGUAACCUUAAGACAACUUUAGAAUUCCCAGUAAUCAGCUCUACGUCCCUUUAUGACCAUCUAGAUGUAUGUGAUUUCUUAGCUCUGUAUACAGUUUGGGACAGAUCAAACAACUGAACAAAAAUAGCACAGACAUUCACUUAUUUUCAUCCAGUUAAGGAUGUUGCAGUUUUUGCAUUGCGUUGCUUGGCUCAUAUAUUUGCUGCUAAGAAUUGCUGCAUGUGAAUUAUUACAAGGAAUGCAAUAGGUGAUCUGUGGGUAUCACAAGUUAGACUAAUAAAAAUACACCUUUGCUUGCUUUUGGUUAUUGCAGUGAGGCAGAAUACCCCUACAUCAGAUAAACCCUGUUUUUUUACUACUAUUAAAUGGCGUCACCUUGUUUAAAAUGAUUAUUAAAGGGGUUGUUCACCUUUAAAUUCACUUCUCGUAUGAUGAAGGGAGUGAUGAUUUGUAUUUGGUUUUCAUUUUUUAUUAUUUGUGGUUUUUGAGUUAUAAAGCUUUUUAUUCAGCAGUGCUGCAAGUACAGCAAACUGGUUGCUAGGGUCCAGUCUACCAUAGCAACCAUGUAUUGAAGUGAAUGUGAGACUGGAAUAUGAAUAGGAGAGGGCCUGAUUAGAAACACGAGUAAAAAAAAGUAGCAAUAACAAUAGAUUUUUAACCUUACAGAGCAUUUUGUUUUUUAGAUGGGGUCAGUGCAAAGAAUCAGAAAAAGGCAAAUAAUUCAAAAACUAUGCAAAAUAAAGGACAAUUGAAAACUUGCUUCAAAUUAGUCGUUCUGUAAUACACUAAGUUAACUAAAAGGUGAACCACCCCUUAUUUAUAAACAUAAUUUGUUUUUAUUUUGUCCCCUGAUAUACCAAAUUAAUCCAGAUAAAUACAAUUGAAAACUUACAUGAUAUGUUUGAUGAAUUCAACUUCAGAAUUCUCAGUGAAUCUACAUCAGACUGCCUUGUUUCUUCUGCAGAUGAGGAGUUGCAGUUAUCAUGAUUAAAUCGCUCUACCAUUUUUUAUUUGGAAGAUUUAUAGAACCUGUAGUACAUGACAUGACAUAUAAUUGGUUAGGGAAUUUUGAUACCUUAAUAUCCCUGUGAUAGUAAGUUUCCAAAAACAAUAAUUAUAAAUAAAGCUUCCUGCUUGGUGACCCCUGGGACAAAUGGAUUUUUUUAGGAAUUUCACAAUUUUUAAAAAUCGGAUGUUACUAUAUGUAAAUUUGCAGAGAUUUGCAUUGUAUAUUUUGAGUAGCUUUCUGUAUAUGCACUAGAAAGUUUGUAAAUGAAGAAGUAAAAUAAAGAAAAGGUUUCCUUCUUUAUUAAAAAUAA